AUGCGGCUCGUCGUCCUCCCUAAAUCCGAAGCCGACGCACUAGACGAACUAAUCGACGAAGCGUUAGACGCAGCGGACCCGGAGGGAGAGAGCGAGAGAGCAUGGCGGCGCUACCAGGAGGACCUAGCCAAUGAGCUGUCCGCCAUGGCCAAAUCCUCUGACCACCUCUGGCAUUUCUUAGACGGCCUUGGCCGGCGUUUGCUGGAGAAGAAGCAGGCUCAGGCGGAGGGCCAGCACCGGCCGCUGAAACGAUCUCCCGGGUCCAUUUCCCGAGGCAUUCUGCUUCUCCACGGGUUACUCCGGUCCUGCUCCGCCAAUCAGGAGUCGGACGUCUGCAGCAUGCUUCUCUCAACGUCAACCCGCAAGGACCGACCUUCCCUCGACCUCCCUCGUCUAGCCCGCCGCCUCCACUACACCGUCCCCGCUCCUUCCACUCUCCCCUCCGCCGCUGCUGCAGCGUCAUCCCUCGCCGGUGACGUCAGCGAUGACGCGGCGCUGGCCCGGUUCGCGCACGCGUACUGCGUGUAUCUGCAGGAGCGGCUCCGGUGCGUGGAUAGCAUAGGGCUCCAGGUGUUCCGCAAGGGAGCGAAAUCCGCAACCGGGGAAACCAAAAACGGGGAAAAAGUUGCUGAAAACGGCGUAUUGGGGAAUUCGGAGAGUGAUUCGGAGCGGGGGUUGGGUGAAGCGUACUGGGUGCAGCUUCAGUCAGACGCUGUGCUGCACCAGGUGGCGUCGCUCCAGCAGCUGCAGCAACGGCUAGUUGACUGCGCCGCCGCUGCUCCCAGCGGCCUCGGCACAAGCUUCGCAGCACGGAAAACCGCAGCGGGAACAGCGGGGGGUGCAAACGGGGGAGCAGGCGGGCGUGGGAGGGAGAGGGAGGGGGAGGGGGAGAGGGAGAGGCGGAGGCGGGUGGUGCGGUAUGUGCUGGAGGUGAUGCUGGAUGAGAGCUUCCGGGUGUAUGGGUGGGUCAACUACGGGCUCAUUGAACUCAUGGAACGACUCUCCCGCUUCCCCAAGGAGCAGGCCAUGCGCGCUCUGCAGGUGUGCCAGUUCUCGGUGCAGCAGGGGAAGGCGUUAUCUGACAUGUACACGCGCCUGGGUGCAGCGGGGGUGGGCGCAGGUGUGACCUUCCCCUCCGUGGCCGUGCUGGGGGACGGCGUUAUUGGCAACCUCUCCGCCUCCGUUGCUGCAGGCCCGGAUGCUGCCAUGAGCGUUCCGCCCUCUCCCAUGCACCGUUCUGCUGCUGGUAGUGGUGCUGCUGCUGCUGCUGGUAAUGGUGGAUUCAGCAGAGCCGGGAGUUUUGCUGAUGGCAGUGCUGCUGGUAGUGCGAGUUUCAGAGGUAUGGGACCACAACAGCAGCAGCAGCAGCAGCAGCAAGUGCAACAUCAACAGCAGCCGAAUCUGGACAGGAGUGACUCUCACCGUUCUCUUGCUAACACCAUGGUGCUCUUCACUCCUGUCUCGGGCCAACAACCUGGUCAUCCCCACUUCCAGCACCAGCACCAGCACCAAUACCCGCACCAGCACCAGCAUCAGCAGAAUCAGCAGCAGCAGCAGAUGGGUUAUCAGCACCAGAACCCUCAAGGCCCCAGCCCGUACUACUCCUACAGCGCCUCUCAACAACCACCCCCCCAGCCCACCAGCCCUGCGCUCUCCCCUGCCGCCCAGCAGCAGCAGUUUGACGACACCGCUCAAGCGCUCUUUGGGUCGUAUUCCUCGCAGCCCUCUCCUGCUGCUGCCUCUAAUGCAGCCACGCAGAUGAAGUACCUCACGAAUGGUGCGCAGGGAUGGGAACGUGCGCUUGAUGCUACAGCUGGUGCUGCAGGUAGUGCUUCAGGUGGUGCUUCGGGUGGUGCUUCAGGCGGUGUUGCAGGGUCAUACAUGCCUCCGAGGCAGCAGGGGCAAGGAGGACAACAUGCACCCCAUCUUUAUCAUCAGCAUCAUCAGCAUCAUCAGCAGCAGCAGCAGCACCAGCAGCAGCAGCAGUGGGCACUAGCCGCUCCCGGGCUAAAUGGUGGAAGCGGUACAGCUGGCAGCAGCCCAUUGGAUCAACCACCCAUGACCGCCUUUUCUGGGGGCUGGGACCAGCUGUUACUGGACAGCCUGUAUGAGGCGGCACAGGCACAGAAACACGCCUCUGAUGCCACAGCAGCCAGAUUGGGAGGAGCAGGAGGCAGUGGUGUAGGCGCUGGUGCUGCUGGUGGUGGUGGUGGGAUUGGUGGUGCGAAUGGGGAUCCUUUUGCAACUUCUCCUGCGGUCCCGCCGCCGCCGUAUGUCCAGAUGGCACUUAGAGCGCAGCAGCAGCUGGCUAUGGAGCUUCAGAGGCGCAUGCUGAGUCAGCACGCGCGGUUUUUUGCGGCUGCGAGGUCGGCGGGAGGGGCGGAUGCGAUGUUUGCGGCGAGCUGGAUGGUGCAGCGGAAGCAGAUGCAGGUGUAUCAGCAACAGCAGUACCAGGCGCGGCCGGGCGGGGUUGUUGUGGGGCCUUCGGGGCCGUAUAACUGGAAUGGAGUUGGUGUGCAAUAUGGCAACGUGCUAAUACCAUUCUGA